GGAUAAAGCCGGAGGCGACCAGACCUAUUGAUCUCCGAAGAGGCGAUGGCCGCAACGCGGGUCCUGGAGUGGCUCUUUGCCUUUUAUUUCCUCGCCCACAUCCCGAUCACUUUACUGCUCGAUCUGCAAGCGCUGCUGCCCGGGAUUUACCCGCAGGGACUGACAGAAUGGUUAACCUGGUACAUAGCUACCUUUAAAGACCCCAUGAUGGCUGAUCCCCCAGCCUGGUUCAAGUCGUUCAUAUACAGUGAAGCCUUCUUACAGCUGCCGUUCUUCCCCGUGGCAGCCUAUGCUUUCUGGAAAGGUCAUUGUCAGUGGAUCCGGACUCCAGCAAUCAUCUAUGCGGUGCACGUGACUACAACGCUGCUUCCAAUCCUGGCUCACAUCAUGUUUGGUGAUUUCGCCAAGUCCAAGCAUCCUGGGCCAGACACGCUGCGGGAACGCCUGUCCCUCGUAGCUAUCUACAUCCCGUAUUUCCUGAUCCCCCUCCUGAUCCUCUUUUCUAUGCUCUUCAGCCCCCUGUACAACAAGGUGGAGAAGAGGAAAAAGAAAUAAUUCAGCUGGAGGCUCCUCCUGGGGUGGGGGUGGGGGGGAGGAACGACGAUUUGAAAGUUUGCAAACUGGGUCAACGCAAGAAAAGCUCCUUGUGCGUACCGCGAAAAGCCUCGAGGAGGAUGCGGAAUUUGGCUCUCUCUUAAAACGGGUCUUGACAAACUUGCUAAAGGGGGUUUUAUUUCGUAAACCAACCUGUUCCUCUAGUCCAGUGGUUCCCAAAGUGGGCGGUACUGCGCCCUUGGGGGCGGUGAGAUUGCAUAGGGGGGUGUUAAGAGGCCAGGGGGCGCUUGAGGUGUUUUUUUCCCUGAAGCGCCUCUCCAGAAGGUCUUAAAACCCAGGGACAUUUUUAUGGGAGAAGGUAGUUUGAUCCCAAGAGUCCUUUUAACGGUGAAUUGAAAUGUUUCAAAAGCACCAAAACACUAAUGAAGAGACAUACCCUGCUUGGUGUGCCCUGCCACGCCGGCUGCAAAACAGAGGUGUUCACUCUCUUUUCCCUCCCUCCCUUGGCAAGCCUGCGGCGGGUGCUUCCCAUUUAAAGGAGGCAUGCGCAGGGGGCACUGGGCAUGAGUUUGUGGAACCAAGGGGGCGGUUACCUGAAAAAGUUUGGGAACCACUGCUCUAGUUAAAGAGGUCACUUCACUUCCGCUGGGUCAAAAACGCAGCUGUCGUUGAGAUGCUUUUUAGAGCUGUUCAAUAAAUCUCCUUUUUGCGAGAGACGGUCU